UUUGAAAUACAUUUUCCUAGCGUUUAUGUUUAAAAUCAUUUUCUUACACUCUUUCUACAAUAUUUAGGGUGUUGGGUAUCGGAUUUGACGGAGUGUCAUCGAAUUUCCCUUUUACUAUUACCAGGUCAUCAUAGCUAUUCUAAGCUGUUAAUCUUUUUAAUUAGAUAAUCUGUUACUAGCAAUCCCCCUCUUUGGGGGCAUUAAAUACAAUUGGAAAAUCAUUACACCCCCGGCAAACACCACUUUUAAGUAUAGAGAGAACAAGACUGGGAACAGAAGACAGCCUUGUUUUACCCCGUUUAUUGUAUCGAAGUACACUGACCAUACAAAUUUCUUAUUGUGUUUAUGAAUUUGUUUGAGCGGCCAUAUUGCAAUAAGUUGUGUGAUAACAAAUAUGGUAGGGUUCAAAGGCUGCCCAGAAUCGACAAAAAACAAAAAUAAUUGAAAUCAUCUUUUUAUACCUCGUUCCUCCCACUUAGAAUUUAUUCAAUUAAUUGAUCUAAAGAUAAAUCUAUUAUGGAAUACUACACACGGAAUACUUCUUGAAAUUCUUUUUUUCACAGAGAAAACACUUCAAGCCUUUUUUCGUUGAUUGGACUGUUUUAUCUUUCUGCUCAGUAAAAUAUCUUUAAUUGAUGAGAUAGGGCAGUUAUCAGGGACUGUUGGAAAUAAUUUAUAGUAAAUUUGCUUAAAAAAUCGGCCUUGGGGCACAGCAGCGGGCAUAGUUCGCGUUCCAACAGUUCGCACCUCCGGGCCAUAAAUAUUUUUUUUAACUGUACAUAAAUCGUUAUGUGUUUAUGUUUGUCUAUAUUUUUAUUGGAAAUCCAUAUAUGUAUUUUUAGCGAGAAUGUAGGGGCAGACCCACCGAACCCGAGGAAUAUCAAAUACUCGGAAACGAAUGACUACAAUCCAUUCCAUUUGACGACGAAGAAAAUAUUCUUGCGCAAAUGUUAGUUUAUAAAACCAUACUGAAAAUGUGAAACAGAGGCUGGGUCGUCCAAUUACGUGGGUUCAAACGUUUCUUCACAUCCAUUCGAAAACUUCGUGGGCGUCUGUUGAUCUCACUUUCGACACAGCGACAAAUACAAUAAGGUCUUGGAUAUAUAGGUCAUGCCCUGCUAGCCGAACUUCGGGAUUUCCGCGUGGGCUUGAAAUGCCUUCUGCAACUAUCUUUCGCAACUGAGCAUCGCGUUCCACUUCUCCUUUCGAUGGGCUUCAGGCGUUCAGUUCUUCGUUUGCACCCUCUCAGCAAUGGAUCUGAAGGUGUUGUUGACAAUAUUCGCAAUAUGCUUUUUCGUCGUCGAGACAAUUGGAGGUCCGAUUCAAUUUCCCACCGAUGACUCCGGCGCGAUCGGAGAGGGUAGGACGUUCCACGGGGACCACGGCAAGUUCCACCACAAGAAAAAGAAGAAGAAAAAAAAGAAACACGGGUGUUUAUUUCAUCACCACAGAUCCGCAAAUCCGCGGAACGAGCCGGAAGGAAGGACUUUCUUUCUAGGGUUGAACUAUUACGACACGGACAUACACAUCGUGAAUCCCGGUUACAAGCCGUACCGGCCGUCGGGAGGACAACAAGGCGGAGGAGGUGGAAACGAUUGCGGCGGAAACGGGAUUCACCAGGGUCUCGGAUUGGGAGGAUUGGGUGGAUUGGGCGGAAUCAACCCAGGGAGUUUAGGCAGCCUUGUAGGUUUAGGAGGAGGAGGAGGAGGCAGUAGUGGUAGCAGCAGUAGCAGCAGCAGCAGCAGUAGCAGCAGCAGCUCGAAUGGAGAUGAUGACAAUGACGAAGACUACGACUACAGCGAUGGAGCGCCAAGCAGCAAUAACGACAACGGAAGCAAUUCGAUUGGCCAAGGAGUGAGCAACCUGAGCUCUUUCGUAGGGACUGUUCCUGGUGCAGUCUCCUCGGUUUUCAGCACUAUAGGCAGUGGCAUUAGACCAGUAUUUGAGAGACCGGAGAGAUAUUUCAAUUACUAUGUAAUAAGACCGAUAAAUAAGUCAUUGAGAACAUUUGCCAGUUUGUUCUAAAAUCAACUCUUUCAGUUAAAAAUUAAACUGAGCCACCAUUGGCUUCAACCGAUGAACCUUAUAAUAACCAAAAAUCUGUAAAUAUGUUUUUUAAAUCAUUCAACAAUUAACUGGCUGCACAAAUCGUAAUUUCAAUAUUAUAAAAGAAAUAAUGUUUCUAUGUUUCAAAGGCCAUUUUUAUAAUAAAUAGUAUACUAUUUGCAGUUUUAAAAAUAAAAUUAUGUUUGUGAAGAUUUAGAUUUUAGUUAAUACUGUUAUGUACAACGAAAAAAAAAUCAAAUGUCGAAUGAAAUUAUUUGAGUGAUUAAGUACUAAUUUUUAAACUGUACCAAAAAAAGCACAAGUCAUGUUUUUUUAAAGAAUAAUACAAUUUAGGAAUAAUUCUAGAAAAUUACAAACAUUAUGAUUAAAAUAUACGUUAUUAUGACAAUUAUAACAAAUCUACCAUUUUGUAAGUUUAGUAAUUUUAACCUUUUAUGCAUGAAUUUUUAAUUAAAACAAGUGUAUAUUGUAACCCGUUAGUUACCAGUUGUUCUAUGUAUGCUUUAUAAGACUGUAUUUGUAAAUUAAAAUGUUUAAGUUUUUUA